AUGAUUCAGAGUCUGAAGAAGAAAGAUGCAGAGCUUUCUGGUGGCUUAUCAAAACCGGCAAGUGCUGCAACCAAAGCCACCAACGCUGGUUCACUCUUGUUCCCUGUGGAAUCUCUUUGGCCUAUUGAGUCAGAGAAAAUUUCAGCACUUGCUGGAGCAAUAUAUGGCUUGAUGCUUCAUGUUCUUCCUGCUUACGUCCGUGGCUGGUUUAAUGAUUUGCGCGAUCGUAACACAUCAACUGCCAUUGAAUCUUUUACAAGGACUUGCUACAGCCCUCCCCUUAUUGCAAACGAAUUAACCCAGAUUAAGAAAGCCAACUUUCGUGAUGAAAAUUUCUCAGUUAGUGUAAGAAAAUCAGCGAAUGAGGUUGUUGUUACUUACACUAAGGAUGAAACAGGAAUGGAUCUAGUCAUCCGUCUCCCUGCAUCUUAUCCACUAAGGUCCGUAGAUGUUGAUUGUACUAGGAGCCUUGGAAUUAGUGAGGUCAAGCAAAGGAAAUGGUUGAUGUCAAUGAUGCUAUUUGUUCGUAAUCAGAAUGGUGCUUUAGCAGAAGCUAUUGGAAUUUGGAAGCACAAUUUUGAUAAAGAAUUUGAAGGUGUUGAGGAGUGUCCAAUCUGUUACAGUGUCAUCCACACUACAAACCACCGCAUUCCUCGCCUUGCUUGCAAGACUUGCAAACACAAAUUUCAUUCUGCUUGCCUUUACAAAUGGUUUUCAACAUCUCACAAAUCAUCUUGCCCCUUGUGUCAAUCUCCAUUUUGA